AGCAUGUAUCUCAUGGCUUCAGGAAGUCGUCCAUCUUCUGACUGUGCCAUAGUUCAUUUGACGGACUCCUAUUGUUACAGCAGCAUCCAGUGCUGUCCAUCUUUAUUAUAGCCUGUCUUCAUUAAUUUUCUACUACUGUGCUGAGUCUCCAUAACCAAGGCAACUCAUAGAAGAAAGAAUUUAAUGGGAUUUACAGUUUCAGAGAGUGAGUCCAUGACCAUUAUCAUGGGGAGCAUGGUAGCAGGCAGGCAUGAUACUGGAGUAGCAGCGGACAGCUUGCAUGUUGAGACAACAACCCCAAGGCAGAAGACAGAAGGAAGCUUUGAUGGCUGGAGGGGCGAGAGCGACCUUACCUGUGGUCUAAGGGUUACAGAGAUAGCCUCCUGGCUGAUGGCUGGACAGAGGUGCUCAUCACUCAGCUCUUCCAGAAAGAAAAACUAAAGAUGCAUAAUUGUGUUCCGAGAGGUUACUCACAUGUGUUGGUACAGUAAAACAACACACAAGGAGCCAACAAUAAUGCAGUUGAAGGACGUAAAAUGAGAACCAUAAGUUCAAGUCAAGAAGAGAGAAAGAAAAUAAAGCGAAGCUGUUUCUUGUCCUAUGUAUUCAUCAGAUCGUCUUGAAAUUUCACUAAAAUGACAGCUGUUCCUUCAGAGAACUGCUCUUUUCAGCAUCUGUUACAUCAGUCAAAGCAGCCCCUAGACGUUAAUUGUCUGUUGUUCUUGAUCAUAAUUGGGAAAACAUUAUUAAAUAUCCUUAUACUAGGGAUGAAAAGGAAAGACAACUAUUGGAGUUUUAUCGAGUAUUUCUGCUUUUCACUAGCAUUUGUUGAUCUUCUGCUGUUGGUGAACAUUUCCAUUCUGUUCUACUUCAGGGACUUUGUAGUUCUAGGUAUUAGGUUUACAAAAUACCACAUCUGUCUGCUCAUACAAAUCGUCUCCUCCACUUACGGCUUUUUGCAUUAUCCGGUUUGCUUACUAGCGUGUAUAGAUUACUCUCUGACUCUGUCUGGAGCCACCAAGCAUUCGUCUAAGUGGCACAGGUUCUUUUGCCUCCUGACAGUCACGUUAACCUGGACUUCAGUGUUUGCUUAUGUUCUGGGAGAGCCAGCCACCUCACACGGCUUGCAGACACACGGGGCUGCUGUGUUCCAAUGUCCCUCCUAUGUCAGCACUCAGAGUUACUGGCUGUCACUGUCUGUGCUGACGGUUUCAUUUGUGGCUUUUCUGAUUUCGUGGCCAGAAGUGGUUGCCCUGGUACAGGCUAUGAGGAUGGCGUCCUAUAUGAACGAGACCGUCCUCUCCUUCCCUUUGCCACCCCACUCUGGCCACGCUGUGCGCUCUAGAGAAGCACUCUUGCCCAGGCUUGUUGUGUGCUUUCUUGGUACCUGGUUUCCCUUUGUAACACUUCAGGUCCUCACCCUCUCACUCGGAGUUCAAAUCCCAGCGUACGUAGACAUGAAUGUCCCCUGGCUGUACUUUGUCAACAGUUUUCUCAUCGCUGCAAUGUGUUGGUUGAACUGCCACAAGCUUUAUUUAAGAGGCAGCACAUUACCUGUGGACCCUUUUGUCAACUGGAAAUGCUGUUUUGUUCCAAUCCAUAGACUUAAGCAAGUGGAGAGGCCUGUGUCCAUAAUCAUCUGUUAAUAUGCUGCUGUGUUGGGAGGAACUCCAUCCAGAAGCACCAAGAUCAAUCUUACGAGCAGGACAGAGGUGGCUCAGGACACAUGACUGAAGCUCUUGUUCCCUAACUUUCAUCUGUUCAGCACAGCCUCUGUGUGGUGGAUAUCAAAUAGUGCUAAGGACACUUUAACACCCCAAAGUUUUUAUGCCUGUUUAGCAACACUGUGUAAGCAUUUGGUAUUAAUACAAAAGGAAAAUAAACACAUGAACAUGUGGCCAGCUUGA